AUGCACAGCACGCUUUCGCGUCUCAACGCCGUUUCGGCGUUGGCGACGACCAUCGUCCUCAUCCUCGUGGUGCUCAUCGACUUCUCCCGCCUUGGCACGCACAAGCCCACCGGCCAGGUCGUCAUCAACCAACUCCAGGUGGUGCGCGCCAAAGCCGCCUGGCACAUGGACCGCAACAUCCAGGACUUUGUCGAGGUCGAAUUCGACAUCGAUGCCGACUUUGCGCCCUUGUUCGAUUGGAACACCAAGCAGGUCUUUGUCAGCCUCGCUGCGACCUACGAUAGCAAGCGACACACCAGGAACGAGGUCGUCAUCUGGGACCGAAUCCUGCGCAGCAAACAGGACGCCCAUGUCGCGUUGAACAGCGCCAAGAACAAGUACGGCUUUCGUGAAGUCGGUCGUUCCUUCAAAGACAUCUCCAACACCACCUUCACGCUCAAAUACAACAUCAUGCCCAAAGUGGGACUCCUACACUACGGCGAUGAGUUCACCUCCCGCUCCAUCCCCAUCCCCGCCAAGCAGCUCCUCCCCAACGGAGAACAGCCCAAAUUGCAAAGACUAUACUACUAG